UAUUGUGUGUUGUGAUUGUCUUGUCAAGUUGUCAAGUCGACUCUAAAAAGAAGUGUGGUGAAGUGUCAAUAAACUGUCACGAUUGCAAAUUUGGUAAUAUGGAUUCUUAUGAAAGUGUUUUGCUUGUAAAACCUGAGGUUUUCGUCUUCAAUAUACCACCGAGAUCAUCAAAUCGAGGUUAUCGGGCUGCUGAUUGGAAUUUGGCUGAACCAGCAUGGACCGGAAGGAUGAGAUUGAUUUCAAAAGGGAAUGAGCUGGCAAUUAAAUUAGAAGAUAAAAACUCUGGAGAACUUUUUGCUAAAUGUCCCAUUGAUGCAUAUCCAGGAAUAGCAAUAGAAUCAGUUAGCGAUUCUUCUAGAUAUUUUGUCUUACGUAUUCAGGAUGACAAUGGGAGGAAUGCCUUUAUUGGUAUUGGUUUUGGAGACAGAUCUGAUUCCUUUGAUUUGAAUGUAGCUUUACAGGACCACUUUAAAUGGAUAAAAAAAGAGAAACAGAUUAGUGAGGAACCUGCUAGCGGGCCAGCUUUAGAUUUAGGCUUCAAAGAGGGUGAGACUAUUAAAAUUAAUAUGAAAAUUACGAAAAAAGAUGGUUCAGAGGGGGGUGCAAGGUCGAAAAUAAAACCUGGUAAUGGGGGUGGCUUGGGAUUAUUACCCCCACCACCUGGUGGGAAGUUGCCAGCUCCUCCUGGCAGUUCCCCAGCUGGAUCUCCAGCCCAUGCUCCAAAAACGGAUAGCACGGCAGUGGAUUCUUGGGGCGAGUUUACGUCAGCACAAGCAAGUGCUCCACCUGCGGGUCCAGCAACAAAUAGUAGUUGGGUGCAAUUUUAACUUAUUUGUGAUUAUCUUAUGGUUAGACUUUAGUUAUCGUAACCCUGAAAUCAUUGGAUUAUAUUGUGAUUCACUAUAUAUCAUAGUUUCAAAGGAGAUAUAAAAAUUUUAUUUUUGUGUCAGAUUGUAUAAUAAGUAAAUACAUAUUAACAUUUUCAUUUAAGCCUUAUCAAGGCACUAUUAUCCUUAAGGAAACAUUAUAUAUUUGUUCUCUACGACUCAUACGGCAGAGUAUUUAACUUGAAAAUUUUCAAGGAAAACUGAUAAUUUGUGUAAUUAUAAUCUUUUAAUUUUUACUUUUGUGAAUUAGUAUCAAGAAGUUAACAAUUUCUUUUGUAGGAUUUAUAGAAAAUUUUAAAAAAUUUCUAGUAGUUUUCAGGUUUCCUUGAAUUAUUUCUUAUAUCCAUCGACACAUUUAUUCUUAUAUUAUAUUUUCAGAUGUGAUGAGAGAUUUUUUGAAAGUUAUAACUAGUAGGUCUAGAUUUUGUAAGCGGUAUAUUCAGGAGUAUCUUUGACUUGUUAUUUAAAAUGGAUAGCGUUACUGUAAUUUUUUAGUGAAAUCUAUGCACUGUUGAUACUUACGUGUUGUUUAACAACCAAUUUUUAAUGUUUUACAUUCUAAUUACUGUUAUUAUUUUAAAUUCUUUUAUACACAGAAAAGUUCGAGUGUUUUUUGAGAACUUUAAUAUUUUAACAUUCCAUCUAAUUGUAGAUUCAUCAUUAUUAAGAUCAGAGUAAAUGUACUGAGUUUUGAAA